CAAGCAUACGAGUGAGCGAGACAGCUGAACUGAAUAGGCAAUAUUCAUAAAUUUCGUAUUGUAUAGGAAAUACGAAAAUCACAGAGAUUCCCAUGCAGUCGAGAUUUGAACCUGUGAAAGACUUGGGUAACCAAAUUAUAUUAGGUGUGAAAUUAUUCCUGACCAACUUACGAAGUUGACCUAAAAGGAGGAGAAACUUUUCUUUCCCAUGAAGAAAGGAAAAUGCAGAGCAACGAAGAUGACCUCGAAACCGUGCGGUCUAACUUGACAGAUGAUCGUGGUCGCUCCAGAUCCCCCGCCACAACCAAGUUCCCACCGUAUUUUGUUCCCCGCCGCCCACGUGUUAUCAAGAUGCGUGACCUGAGUCCUGCCACCAGAAACAUGCUUACCAAAGAGUACUACGACGCUUAUGAUCCUUGGACGGGUAUACGCAUCGCAGCUACGUUGGGUAUUUUGAUCAGCCUUUUCACACUCUUCCUUAUCUACAAAAGCAGGUUUAACAAAAGCAAAAACGUCUUACUUCCUUCCAAAAAGACGUCUCUCUACCUCUACGAUGACGAUAUAGCGGAUGGUGAUUUGGGAAGUCUUGGAUCUAGUGAUCAUUCCAGUGUGCUUGGUUACCCUUUCACUUAUAAUAAAAACAGCGCUGUCGAUAGGAUGGGAUUUCAUAUUCCUGAAGGAUUUCAGCUGGAAGAAGUUCUCGUUAAGUCUUCCCUUGUGGAGUGCGUAGCUCUCAAAGUGCACCCUUCUGCAAAGAAAACCUCGAAAGGACCCAAAUUUGGGACCCUGAGAAUAACGGAGGAUGCCUCUAGGAGCCUGCCAUGCUCGCCUUACAAACAACAACAACAAGCUUCCCCAAAUACGGACGUCAAAGUUCCCCACAGUCCAACUUAUUCCACAGAUCCCUUAUCUCUAGUGGGAAGUAUCACUUCUUUUGGAUCUACAGAUACCAGCGACAGCGGUAGAAAACAAGGUAACAAAGAAACUAUAACUAAGAAUGUUUUGAAAUCUCCUAGGAGAGCAUCGGCGUCCGCCGAAGUAGGAAAAUCUUGCCCUAAAUCUCUGGUGGUGACAGCUAAGAAACCUCAGGACUACAGAAGUCGUAGUACUGUUGUAGCCAUUGCCAGACGGAAGAGAACAUCUUGAAAUCAGACAGGUGUUAUUAACUAGUCUCAUAAAUUUUGUCUGAACUGGAAUACCAUAUUCCAAUCUGAUGCACGUAGACUGCACGCUGAUAUGAUUAAUCUGGGUGAGCAGCUAUUAUUCGAUGGAUUUGUGUAUUAGACAAUCCAGUGUUAACCCCGACCUACUCCAACUGCAGUGCAGCAGCAAACAACUAAAAGAAAAAGACUCUCAAUAUCAUUCAUUUAACACAUUGAAAAUUUGCGUUUUUAGUAAAACAUUAAAUGAUGAUUUUAUCAAUUUUGUUUUCGGAAGAAAUAUUUAACUUAAAGAUCUAAAUACUAAACCUUCUCCUCCAAAGUGGACUGAUAAAACUGUAGACUAGCUCUUUUCAUUUGACUGAGUCAUUUUCUAACUAAAUGUUGUGAACUGCUGAAAGAGAAAAAAAAUCUGUUGUUUAUAAACCGAUAUAAAACCCAAAUCACUAUGCAAAAUCCCUUCACCAGCAUUGCCUCGUGCUUAGUCCUAAGCUAACAUCUGAAGAGAAAGCAGUAGAUACCAACAAAUUAAACUUUUUUUUUACAUCAAGCGUAAUAUAAAACGAGUUAAUAGUUUGGUCAAAUUGUGUUUUUGUACAUAGCGAGAAUUUCAUAAGGUUAGAUUCAGAUCAUAUUAUCUGGUCUAAUCUGUUCAGCUGAAAGCUUUUUCAUUGCUGCGCGUAAUUAUUACACAUGUUUUUGUAAAGAAUAAAUUUUAUUUGGAGUGAUUCGGAGACUGGCUAAAGUAAUUACCGUAAUUUUACUGCAAUCUGUAUAGUUAUGUUUUGGCACAAAUGCAUCUAAUGACAAGCGCGAAUGCGAAAAGUAAAAGAAUUCUGCAUUCAUGAGGACACUUCAUUAAAAAUCAAAAUAUGAAAAGACACGAAGUGAUAAAACAUAUUUCUACUUGCCUGUGCAUUUAUCCAAAACAAAUGAAGAGCAGUUGUGGUGUUUAAAUUUUGCCUCAUUUCUAAAUUUUAGCUAACUUUAAAAAAAAACGCAACAAGUAAGUAUUUGAUCCUUUUGCAGAAAAACUAGACUGGAAAGCAUCGCAUUUGUAGUUCUAAGUUUUUUUAUUACUUUUAUAUAAAACAUUUCAAAUCGUAAUUGGAAUAUGCUUAUGGAAGGCAAUUAAAACGAAGGAAAAUUAGUUCCUUUUUAAAAAAUUAAAGAAAUCUAUGCUGAUGAGUGGGUCAAAAGUUUGACAAUGGUACUUUUGAUACUAUAAUAAGAGUCAAAACACGGAAAAUAAAUUAUUACAAAGAUAGUUUAUAUUAUAUUGCAUUAAAAAUUCGUUAGAAUUUAGGAACAUUUGUUGUAGGUUACUAAUUGUUGUUACAAAAUUUAAGAAAACAUUAUUUCGACUGCAAAUCUGCUUAAACUGGCAAUAAUGAGUAUUCUUCUACUUCCAAAAAAAGUGUAGGUGACAUUUUAAUCUUAACACAGCGUUUCUGUUCUAUUUCAGUGCUAAAUGUAUGGUACUCUGGAUUAUCAUGUAAAAAACAAUAAUUUUAUUCUUCAAUCAAAUGAACCACUUAGUAAUUAAGUAAUGUUGCAAAUUAUUAAGCCCGGUUUUGACGUAGUGAAACUAUUUUAUGCUCAUGAACAAUAUCGUCAUUGACAAAUAAACAGAUGAUCCUAGCCAAA